GUGUCCGCCUCCGGCGCGGCGCAGAUCGCGGGCCUGUGCCUCCUCGUGGCCGCCAGCGCCUUCCUCACGUCCGUGUACCUGCUGCCGCGCUGGCUGCUGCGCCUGGUCGAGUGGAACUCGCACCCGUCCGUGCUCUGGAGCGUGCGCACCUCGUCGCGCGUGUGCUCGCUGACCAUCGACGACGCGCCGUCGCCCUCCACGCCCGCGAUCCUCGACGUGCUGCGCGAGCACCAGGUGCGCGCCACCUUCUUCAUCAUCUCGGGCCGCAUCCCGGGCAACGAGGACGUGCUGCGCCGCAUCGUGCGCGAGGGCCACGCGCUGGCCAACCACCUCACGGAGGACCGCGCCAGCAUCCUGGACGAGCUGCACGUUUUCGAGCAGAAGCUGCAGGAGUGCGACCGCGCCAUCGGCGAGUUCCAGCCCUCGCCCGACGACGAGUCGCCCGAGCCGCUCGAGACGCAGCAGCUGCUGCUAGAGGAGAUAGGCCCCGACGCAGUGCGCCCCUGGAUGCGCCCGGCUUCGGGCUGGUUCACGACGCCCAUGAGGGAGAUCACGGCGCGCCACGGCUACCGCAUCUGCCUGGGCAGCGUCUACCCGCACGACGCGCAGAUCCGCUCCGAGGCGAUGAACUCGAUGCACCUGAGAACGCGCACGAGCUGCGGCUCGGUCAUUAUUGUACACGACCGCUUGUGGACGAUCAACGUCUUGAAGACGGCGCUGCCCGAGCUCACCCGCAAGUUCACCUUCGUGAGUCUGGACGAGCUCGAGACGUACAACGAA